AUGCAUCUCGCAGCCAUUGCCAUCCUCUUUACGGCAACUAUUGCCCUCGCAAACCCCACUCCUCCUACCUGCGGCACUUGCAACCCGCUCUCUGGCCAGAAUAGCUGUGAUAUCACGACUUCGUGCAUCAACACUGGCACGACCUUCCACUGCGCCUGUCGCGCGGGAUACAAGGCGUCGGAGCAGGACAAGAAUAUCAAGGAGCAGUUCCGUCUGAAUAUGCCAAAUUACCAGUUCUUGGUCUUCGUGCCGGAAAACACAGUCUGCAAUACGCUUUGCGAUGAUCCAUACGGAGCCCCUUCUACUAUUUGUAACGAGGUACCCAUCUACAACCAGUGCAAGGUUUAG